CGACAUUUCAGCACUUCAUGAACGGACUGCGACACAAACAGCUGUGCACUUUUGGGGAAAAGCGCGCACAAAAAAACAAGAAAAACCUCACAGUAUGAAAAAAUCAUAAGGUCUUUGGGUCUUUAUAUCGAGAUAUAUACUUUUACGUGCAAAUGUCGGAGAGAAGCAAUAUAUCAGCAUCCUGUCUGGGGUUGAUGGUUUGGGUACUAGCUUGGCUAACUACACCCGGUCGACUAAUUGUUAAGGAGUGGAGAGAAGAGGACACACCUCUGCUUAAAAACUUGAGUUCUGAAAAAGUGACAACAUGGGGGGUGCCGUGAGCAAAAACUGCACGAUACAGAUCACCAACUUGAGCGACGUCUACAAACUCAUCAAGCCACAAGUCUACACAUCCAGUGGGUACUGCUGUGAUCCUCCUCAGCCCACAAUCAGCUCCAACAAGACCGAGGUCUGCACAUUUACUAAAACUCCAGGCACCACCUUCGGUGCCGUAGGCGUCUUGACCUAUGACCUCUUCCACAUGGAGAAUCAGCUGUGCACUGAACGCAUUGCUAUUAUGUUCUCUGUUCCCAACAACUACAACCUCAACAACAACAUAAUGGGAGUCGGGGUAUUCGAGAAUACCUGUGAGUGUGAUAAAGCCCUGUACCAAAGCAUGUAUGAAGGGAAAGAUGCCCAUGGGAAUACAGAGGUGUCUGGAAUCAUCUACAAGGCACAGAUGGUUGAAUUAAGAGCAACUAUGUCAAAUGCAGACGAAGCUAUUAUUAAAGUAGAGAUCCAUGACAAUAAAAAAAUAAAGAGCCUAAAAACAUUUAAUUUAUAGCCCACCUUAAUUGUUGCGUAAAAAAUUUUAAUGGUAUAAAAUAGCAUGCAAUUGUGACUUUACUCAAAUUUAUGAUGUUGAUUUACGACUUUAAAAUCUAAUAAAGAGGCAAAAUAGUUGAAGCAGAGGCGUCUGGAAUCACCUAAGGCACCGAAGGUUGAACUAACUUUGUAAAAGGUGGGCAAAGCUAUUAUUAAACUAGAGAUCUAUGACAAAGUGAAUCAUGAAUUCAUAUCUAAACAAAUCUAAAUGGUAUAAAAAAGCAUGCAAUUGUAACUUCACCAAUUUUUUUGAUGUAAUGACUAUAAAAUCUAAUAAA